UGCGCUUUGCGGCGGCUCUCCUGGCUUCAGCCGGGCUACUGAGCCUUACCCGACCAAGCUGCGCCUUUCUUCUCCCUUCGGGGGACGGGGCUGGCCCACCGGUUCAUCGAAGUCCUGACCAAGGCCGCCGGGCGUUGGCUGCAGCGUUGCUUCUGGCGCCCUUGGCCGCCGAAGCACAGCCAGGCGUCCCGGCGACAGCAGAUGUGCUACCUCCAUGGGCCGCCGCCUGGAGCGGAGCCUUACAAGGCAUCGCGCAGAAUGUCGCAAAGCAGGUCGUUCUCCAUCCUUUUGACACGGUCAAAACCCGUCUCCAGGCAACCGCUGGACGACCGGAUGCCAGUCGCGCAGAACUUUUCCGGGAUGUUUAUCGCGGCCUCCUCCCGACUUUGGUGAGUGGCACACCAGGCAGCGCCACGUUUUUCGCCGCCAAGGAAGCGGCCUCGGCCCAACUUCGGCGCCAGGCAGCACCCGACCCGCUGCCGACGCUCGGCGGUGUGGUGCUAGGCGUCCUGAGCGCAAAGGCCGUCAAGACGCCGUUUGACGUUGCAGAGACGAAGGCCAUGGCUACAGUGGCCACGGAGGGCGAGGCUCUGGCAUGGGACGGCUCCUGGGGCAAGCUGCAGGACACAUACGAGAAGGAGGGCUUCACCGGCCUGUACAGAGGUUAUGGAGCUAACGUCCUGUACAAGCUUCCCGCAGACCUUGCCAAGUUCCUGGCCUACGAAGCGCUGCGGGGCUCGGGGGCUGCAGGAUCACUGCCCCCGGGCGUGGCCGGGGCUGUGGCGACAUUGGCGGCCAACGCUGUGACCACGCCCCUGGACGUUGUCCGGACUCAGGUGAUGUGUGAAG